AUGUCCGCCGUUACAGCUCCCAGCAACCCUUCACAGACUCAGAAUACUAAGAAGAGACGCGGCAAGGCGGAGGCAUCUGCUGCUGUAGCUGCUCCAGUCUCUGUUGCUGCAUCAAAUACCGACGCGCCUAGUGUUGCGGCUGCUGCUGAUGGUUCUGCCAACGGACACCAUGAGCCAAGCUUCCUCAGGGAGCUCCAGAAAACCCUUCGAAACACCAACAAGAAAUUGAACGCAACCGCCAAAGUCGAUGCAAUUAUUGCUGAAAACCCCGGGAAAUCCCUCGAGGAGCUUGUAGCUCUCAAGAAAAUCAAUGCAGACCAGAAAGCCCAGGCCCUUAAGAAACCCGCUCUCCAGGAAACUAUUGCUCACAUCGAAGAGCAGAUCGCUCAAUACAAACAACUCGAAGCAUAUUAUGAAGAACAACGUGCCAAAGAAGUAGCAAAGAUCCAAGCCCAGCACAAAGACGAAAUCGAAUCGUUGAAGAAGAACCUCGAGACCGAGUCCAGAGAGAGUGCUGAGAAACGCUUUAAGGACCGAUUGCUUGUGCUCAGCCGUUUCUUGCGCGCAGCUGCUGCCAUGAGGGGAGUUGCUGAUGAACACUCUAUCCAGGCUCGUGGGUUUGAAGGAGCAUUGUACCAGGUUUAUGGUGGAACGGAACAGGCGGUCGAUGCCAUGAUCAAGUUGAUUGAUGGCACAGAUGACAAGGUUCCCAGUGUUGAGUCCGAGAUCCUUGACAUAACCUACGCACAAAUUAAGCGCACUUCUCUUGAAGACUACGCUCAAUCCACCGGUGAAGCUGUCUUAACUGAGGAAGCAACCACCGCCCCUGCUGCCGAUGCCAAUGCAGUCCAAACUGACCCAACAAUCGCCAAUGCCGGCCUUACUGAAGCUGAAGAGCCUACUGUCUCACAGGCUGCAGCCGCAGAUAGCUUUCAACCUAAACCUCAGCCGACUGCUGAAGAAGCAGCCCCCCUUAAACCUACCGAGGAGAAUGUUGCAGCCAACGAAAUUGCGCAGACCGUAUCAGUAGAAUGGGAUCCAAAUCCUUAUAAGCCCAGUGCCUCCACAGAGGAAUGGCUUAGUGUGCAAGUUCCCCAACCUGGUACUGCUGCCGAGGCCUCUGUUGCUGCUGAAGCUGCUAUUCGUCAACCGCUCACCUCUGGAACUUGGGUAGAAGAGCCUCAGGCCAACAAACAAGUCGACGGCUUUGAACGGGUUAACCAUCCUCGUGGGCGUGGACGGGGUUAUCGCGGCCGAGGCCAAGGCCAGCGUGGUGGCGGAGAACACCGCGGUCGUGGCGGCUAUCACCACCGUGCUGGGAGUGAGUACCGUGGCCGUGGACGUGGUCGUGGUGAAUAUCGAGGAAAUGGAAACGGCCAUCGUGGUGGAAGACCCGCUCCCGCUGCUGCUACUGCAGGCGACGCUUAA